AUGCAGAGCAUUAAUACGAAAAGCAUAGUAUUUUAUAAUGGGUCAACUAAAAGAUCGUCAUGCGGUUACUGCAAGAAAGAAAAUUCCAGCUUUAGCAAUGGAAUGUGGGCUUCAAGUCUUUCAGUACAAGCAUAUCAAGAUAUGAUUGAUCGUGGCUGGCGACGUGCUGGCAAGUAUUGUUACAAAGCACUCAUGGAAAAGACCUGUUGUCCACUUUACACAAUCAGAUGUGAAGCUUUAAAUGUUGAGUUAUCAAAGUCACAGAAAAAAAUCAUUAAAAGAGUAACUACAUUUUUAAAAAAUGGGGAAUGUGAGAAAAAUCCAGUUAAUACUGAACAAGCUGAAAGAGAACCCAUUAUGAAAUAUAAAUUUGAAGAUAUACAAAAUCAUGAUGAUGAAAUGAAAAUUACUAACUCUGAUUAUUUAUUUGAUGAAGAACAAAGUGCUUCUGUUAUUGGUUCUCAUAAUAGUACUGUAGUUACUACAAAUACAGAAGAUAGCAAAAUGGUUGUACCUCUUGAUUUAAGUUGCAACUCUGAUACUAAGAAAGAAACUAAAAAAGUUAAGCCUGGCGAAGGAGCUAAUCCAAAUUUGCCUAGUUCAAAAAAAAAAAAAUUACUACGCAUUCAAAAGAAACUAGCCAAGGACCCAAAUUUUGUAACUAAAAUUUCAGCACCUCAACAAAAAUGUUUAGAAGAAUUUAUUGCAGAGAAUGAUUCAGUAUCUGCUGGUGGGGUUCAAAAAUUAAGAGUGUCUUUGGUCAAGACCGGCACAGAAGCAUUUACUCAAACUUUCACUGCGGGAGCUACCCUAUUUGCCAAAUAUCAAAUAGCCGUGCACAACGACACACCAGAUGAGUGUAAUAUGGAACAAUACUUAUCAUUUCUUGUUGAUUCACCUUUGAAGGAGGAAAAAUCAAAGCAUCCUGAUCAUCCAGGAUAUGGUUCAUUUCAUCAACAAUACUGGCUUGGUGAUAAACUAAUAGCUGUUGGAGUAAUAGAUAUUUUACCAAAAUGUGUAUCAUCUGUAUAUUUAUUUUACGACCCAGAUUAUCAUAAUUUAGUUUUAGGAACUUACAGUUCUUUGAGGGAAAUUUAUUUAGUAAGACAAUUGUACAAGAUGUCACCCGAUUUGAAGUAUUACUAUAUGGGCUUUUAUAUACAUUCAUGUUCAAAAAUGCGCUACAAGGCAAAAUUUCGACCAUCUUAUCUAUUAUGCCCACUUAAAUAUACAUGGCAUGCAAUUGAUAAAUGUAUUCAGAAACUUGAUAAUGAAAAGUAUUCUAUAUUUGAUGUGUCUGGGGAUGUUCAAGAUGCUGAUAUUUCCACAAUAGAUAAUAUUCCAGUAUUGUAUCGUGGUUCAUUGAUGCCUUAUUCAGCGUUCAAAAUAAUUGGUAAUAACGAAAAUGACGAUGAACGGAUUAAAGAAUAUAAAAUAUUAAUUGGACCUAAACUAGCACGGAAAUUAAUUUAUUGCAUUAUGGAUUAA